CCAAUCGUGAUACGAGGGGAAGUCACGUGGGCUAGAACUAGAAUCGUGACACAGUGACUUUGAAGGCGAGAAACACGUAGGCAAGAGGAAAGGGAUUCAGUUCGAUAACCCCGUUCAUUUCUUGUAUAAGAAGCGGCAAGGAAGGUCCUCGGGGAUUUAGAACUUUGUGAAUCAUCAUAUACUGUAUAAUGGAACAAAAUGGAAAUCAAAAUCUUCCACCAGCCACGUUGUGUAGGAUGGGUUGUGGCUUCUAUGCAAGUGCCACAUUUGAUGGAAUGUGCUCCAAGUGUUACAAGGAUGUCCUGAAACGGAAACAGAAUUCUUCACCAGUCAGCAAUGGACGCAUUAGUCCAGGAACCACGUCAGCUGAAGCUGCCACAGAAAAGUUGGACAAUAUGACAGCUACUCUGGCUCAGACAACCUUAAGUGAAAAGCCGCUGUUGACCGACAGUGGCAGUGCUCUUCCUAGUAUCAGGACAGCUAGCCCUACUGUUCCCAUAGCUGGAGGGUCCAGUCAAGAUAGAGAGCAGUGUGAGGAGGGAGCUGAAGGUGGUGCAGAUAUAUCGGAUGGGGGCUCUGAUAGCAGUGGUGAUAAAGAUAAGAAGCCAAAGAAAAAUAGAUGCCAUGCCUGCCGCAAAAAAGUUGGCCUGACUGGGUUUGAGUGUCGAUGUGGUGGCCUAUACUGUAGCCUUCAUAGGUAUUCGGACAAACACGACUGUCCUUUUGAUUAUAAAGAGCAUGGUCAGAAGCAGAUACGGAGAAACAACCCUGUUAUAGUGGGAAGCAAGAUCCAGAAGAUCUAAAGAAUGGACUGCGAAGAAUGGAUGAGGAUGGAUAUAUAUUGUUGGCUUCUUUCUUCUCUAAUGCCACCCCUUCUCUGUUGUCUCUCUGCUUAUGUGGUAUUCCAACAAAUGGUUCAGCAAGCAAGACAGAUGAUGUGACUUAAUUUGUAAUAAUGGAGAUUUCAGAAAAGAGAGGGCACCAUACCUUGUUACAACACACCGUUUAUUAUGCUUUGAAGAAUACCAAGACUUGUGAGAGGGUUUCAAUCCUUUCUGCACUACCAUCUCAGUUUCGUAAAAGUUAAAAAUUGUGUUGUCGGUAAUAAAAUUUUGUUGCUUAUUUCCUUUCUUUCACCUUGUGUGAAGUAAAGCAUGCAAGAUGUGUAGAUUGAUCAAAGGUCAGUACCUCCCCUCUUUUCCUGCCCCUUACAGAAGCCAUAGAUUUCUUUUGUGAAGCAAAGCUGACAUGGCCUAUCAAGCCCUGAAAGUUUAAGACGCUAAGAACUGGGUUUUUUUUUUUUUUUUUUUUUUUUAAGUGGUAUUGCUGUAAUGUUCCACCCACAAGUGUGCUUUUCCAGAAAGGAAAUGGGGUAUUUGUUUUGUCAAACUGUAUGCCAUGCCUCUUCAGAAAGCAACAGUACAAUUUCAUGCUUGUUUUGUUGUCUCAAAAGCAAUCAGGAUUAUAAUUUAAACUUUUCUCCUCAUAGCAGCAACAGAAAUGUUGCUUUUUUUUUUAAGGAAAAGUUUUAAUUCCGAGUAGUUUCUGGGCACAUGACGAUGCAUGUUUUUGUUUUGUUUUUAAAUAAUACUAAGUAAAGGUGUGUUGAAUUGGUAUUUUAUGUCAGCUGAUCGGAAGAGUGUCUUGGGUCAGAAUUCUACUAAGGAACCAUGAAUUCAUGGAUUCUUAGCCCUCAGAAAUCUAUAUUGUUAGUGUACUUUUUUUCUUGCAGUCUUCCAAACACCCACCCACCCUUCCACACGCACCUCUUUUCUCUAGAGGGGGUGAGGACAGUCAUAAGUGGUUAGUGAUUUAAGUUGAGUUUAUUUUGUCUUAAUCAAGUUGGAUUUAUGACGGCAGAGUACUGCUGCUGAUGUAUAUCCUGGUAGAUGUGUAUUAAUAUAUCAUGGAACAUACUGUUUUCACUCAACCAUAGUUACAUUUGUAACACUUGAAAACUGAAGAUUCAGUGCAGUUGUAAGCACCUUAAAGAAAGCAGUCAAUGGGGAUUCAGGAAGGGUGCAUCGGACAUUGGAGUGGUAAAAACUGCUUUGCCAGAUUGCUAUCACGCGUGUUAAAUACCUUCUUUUGUAAUCUACAAAGACUUGAUGAUAGUUGGGAUGCUGAUACGUACAGGCUUGGCGUUGUUCAGCAAAUAUUUUGUGGUGUUGUUUUCGUCUGUUUUAUAUUUAACCUUUAGUAUUAUUUGCUUAAGAUCUUGGCAAAAAAUGGUAUCACAAUUGUAAAAGACACUUUGAGUGGGUUUUUUUCCCUUAGUCUCUGCAGUUUCACUGAUCUCUUUCCCUUUGUGCUGGCCUAUCAUUUUCACAUUUUGCUUAUUUUUAAACAGCGUAUGGUUUUUCAUUGUUCUUCACUUUCUAUAUUAUGUAUCCUCUUGCCUACUUCAGGUACUACUGGCCUUUGAGUCAUCACAAAAGGAGAUGGGUUACUAACGUAAGAGCAAACAUUUGUGCAAAUUUUAAUAAUGUGGAAAUAAAUGUGUGUAUAUGUGUUGUGUGCGAGUAGUGUGGGGGGGAGAAGAAGGUUUGGGGCUGUGAGGACUGUGUGAUCGUAAUAAGCUUGGGUUUAACCAAGUAUGGAUGAUGCAAGAAAGAAAGAGUGUCAUUAAUUAAUACAUUGUAAAUAUUGAUGGAGUAGUGUUUGAUUCCACCUCUUGUACUGUUUGAUUUCUGCAGAUGUGCAAAGUUUGUGUGCAUGUUGUGAUCGUCUGGAAAAUGUUAAUUUUUUAUUUUAUUUUAAUUUUUAUUUUUUAUUUUUUGGAUUUGGAGAUCCUAAGCAGCAUCUGUGGUAAACAUGGUUAAACCAAAAUAGUUUUCUGCAUUAGAAAUUAAAACUUUGGUAGUUUUUUUCUAAGCCGCUAAUUAUUUGUUUCUUCAACAUAUCCCUAUUGUAUUAGAGGGCAAGCAUUUUAAUGCAUGUAAGUCAUAAGAAGAAUUAAUGGGUUGGUGUGGCUACAGAAAUAGUCUGCAAAAGGUAGUGAAACUUUAAAAAAAAAAUUUUUUAAGGGGGGGAGGACAUUUAUUUUCUAGACAUAAAGUUUUUAAUCUUUGUCUUUCACUUUGUUGAUGGUGGUGUUUAAAUGGUUUUGGUUUUUCAUGUUGUCUGUGAAGUUUUUAAUAUUUUUUCACUAUUUCGUUUUCAAUAGAAUGAAUGCAUAUUUUGCAAUUUUUGGCUGUUCACCUCUUGUCUAAUAAGGUCACAAGCUAGACAUCCUAGCAUUCAUUCAGUGGCAUUUGAGUUUCUCAGAAAACUGUUUGACCUCUUUCACAUGAAAACAUUUGAGUUUAGGAAGAAAUGGAAAAAAAAAGAAAGCUAAGAGGCUAGGAUUUAAAGGCAAAGCAAAAUAAUUAUCAUAUUAACCUUUCCAGAUAAAAUGUAUGCUACAAAAUUAAUGCUAACGAUAAAAUUGGUAAUCCCUGGAAAGUUAGAGGUUUGGGCUUCACUAAAUAAAAAAGUUAUAUUAGCAAAAUCAGUUGUGAUGAAAUGCCAUAUAUGCUAGAAUGAAAGUAAUUCAAAUACGAAGGGGAGGGGGGAUGCAGAUGAGUUACCUGUUCAAUUUCCUUCCAUGGUAACAAAUACCAGAAAGCUAAAUUUUUCUCUCAGCCAUUUUCUGUUUCUGCUGGUUUUGACUCCUUUUUCUUUUAUUGUAUUACUAUUUAAUUACUUUUUAAAAUGCCACCUGAACAGUCUCUUGUGUGUGCUGCUGCAUAUGUAGGAGUAUACAUUUUGGUCUGAAUCCAUUGACAGGGAAUGUUUUACUUUGAUGUUUGCAAACAAGGAAAAUAAAUAUAAGUGGAAGUAAAACUUACAUUGUUCAAUAUAGUGUUUUCAUUGCAGUUUAGAAUACUGUAUUUCAUAUUAAAUCUGAUACAUUAGAUUGACAACUAUAUAAGGCAAUAUGCACAUCUUAGAUGGACUGUUUACUCUUUUAUGUUGGGUGACUAUCGACAUGUCACCAUUGUGUGAAAACAAAGAAAAUAACUAGACCUUAUUUUAACAGACAGUUGGUUUUUUAAAAAAUACAUGGCUUGCCUGUAUAUUAAGCAGUUUUUACAUUGCCAAUGCAUAGCAUUUUCAUUCUUUAUUCAUUUUUAUGUCUUCUUGAAAAUGGUGUGUGCAUGCAUUUUAAAAUAUGUGAUAUAAGUGGGAAAGGGUUGCAAUUUUUUUUAUCAGGAGACUUGGGCUUGGAUUUUGAGCAAAAUACCUACAAAUGAUGGAUAUUUUUUAGUGCAAUGCCCUUUCCCCUAGUUAUGAAGAUUUUCUGAAAAGUCAUCUUUAAGGUGUAGUUCAGAUUGACCUUUUAUAAAUUUCUUCUGGUAGCAUUAGCAGUUCAAAAUAAGUUUGUAACUAACCUUAAAGCUGGAGAAGACAGGAUUUUCCAGUGAGAUAUUUGUCGGGGGGAAAAAUGCCUGUUACAUUUAGGUCUUUGAUGGAGUAUUCAUAUGACAUCAGCAGUGUAAGAGCUUGCCUGUUUUUUUACAUUUAUUAUGCCAGUUAAUAAUGGAUGUCAGUGUUUCAUUAAAAUUGCUGUAGGGUCCUUAGAUUUAUAUAAAAAUUGCUUUGCUGUGUUCUGAGCCUUCUAGUUUUAGCAAGAUCUCUUUUUGAAAACAGUGGAGCAUGCCUAAAAGAUUUACCAGUCAGGGUAAGGAAGGAGAAGCCUGUUCACGAGUAUGACUUUGGGAAACAUUCUCAUUUGAGUAGAAAAUCAGAGGCUCCCACCCCAUCCCCCAAUGCUCAUAUAGGAGCCUUUGUUCAGGGUAUGUUUACAGGCUGUCACCAUGAUCAAAGGAUACAACCUAGGAAGAUGAUUUCAUAGACAGUGUCCUGUGUGUUGCAAAGCUGAUUGGCAUCUUCUAAUGUAGCGCAUUUGAUAAAAGUAUAAAAUUACACCUUUAUAUAAUGAAACUUACAUUGUGUGUAAUGUGUUACUGUUAUUAACCUAGUGUACAUUAAAUUUAUGCAGCCUUGUUGUCUGCAGUCCAGAAGAAAAUUAACAUGGUUUCUGUUUAUGCACCUGAGUAUGCCCUUGUCCACACAUUGAUAUCCGAGGCAAGCAGCUCUCCACAGCUUUCUGCAAUCAGUUAUAUUUAACCUAACUUAAAAAGUGCAUGUUUGAGGGACAUCUUUUAUUUGGCAAAGUUAGUCUUAAGCAUUGCUUUUGCAUCAUUGCUUCCAUAUUCUUCAGUUGUCACAUCACUGGUUCAUAUAUUGUUACCUGGAAUAACCCAUGUAAGGUUCCUAUUUGUGAUUAUCUGCAUUUCGUGCAAGCCUGAUUUUAAAUAUAUUCAUUUUUUUCCCUUUUGUCUUACAUAGGCCCAUUUCUGAGGUUGCUAUUUUAUGACUGUGGAUUUAAUAUGUAUGAAUAUAUGUAUGAAAACUAUAAAAUAAAAAAAUUGUCAGUUAU